UGCACCGUAGCCAUCGUUGUUCGCUUGCUUUCACGAGAUGGCGGGAAGCCUCCGAAGCUUAGGGUUUCCGCCUCCAUUCGUUAACAGAGGAGGUGUUCCUCGAUUGGCUCUUUACCAGACAAGUUGUGCUCCUUGUCGUCAGACUCAUGGUGCUGCCAGUGCAAUUCCAUCGCUUUCUUCGGAGUGUCGGCUUGUAACAAGACGGCCCAGGGCCACUGGUGGAUCUGACGAGGUGGAUGGGGACAGACAGUUUAAUGCCAAAGAUUUCAGUUCUCAGGAACUCUUCCUUUGGGCAAAACCAUUUUUGGACUUCGUGAGAAAAAACUUCCUUCCGCUAGCUCUAGUAAGUGGAGUAUCUCUAGGGCUUGCAUAUCCCAGUCUUGGUCAUGUUGCUGGCAGAUAUCCUAUGUCAAAGUUCAGUACAGUUGGGAUUUUUUUUAUCUCUGGGCUUAUGUUGAGGAGUGAAGAAAUUGGUGCAGCUGUAGAAGCUUGGCCUGCCGGAGUCCUUGGGCUUAUUUCCAUUUUGUUGAUCACCCCCUUCUUUUCGCGGGUUAUCUUACAAGUACAUUUGAACCCUCAUGAAUUUGUGACUGGCUUGGCCAUUUUUUGUUGCAUGCCAACGACAUUGUCAAGUGGAGUUGCAUUGACUCAACUUGUGGGAGGGAAUUCUGCUCUUGCUCUUGCAAUGACAAUUAUAUCUAAUUUCUUAGGAACAAUGACGGUGCCCUUUUCUCUUGCAAUGUUUGUAGGAGGAGUUGGAGUUUCUAUACCAACAAUGCAAUUAUUUAAAAGCCUCGUCAUGACUCUUUUGGUUCCUUUGGUUCUAGGAAAGGUGCUUCGAGAUUUUGUAAAGAGUGUAGCAAUUUUUGCUGAUCAAAAUCGUCAAUAUUUGUCAAUGACAAGUGCUAUUCUUCUUAGUCUAGUUCCUUGGAUACAAGUGAGUCGAUCAAAAUCACUGCUCCUUACAGUUCGGCCUGAAGUUUUUGCUACUGCAAUGAUCAUGGGCGCGUAUGUUAUUCACCAUUGCUAUUUGUAA